AUGGCGCGAACCAAACAAUCAGCACGCAAAAAUGCCUUUCCCUGCACACCAUACUCUUCAUCUUCUUCAUACGAAUCUGUGGAGCGUUCACUCUCUCCACCACCUCGAGCAACACCACCAUACACCUCCUCUACCUCUCCUCCUUCUCACACUAGUCAAGAAAUCCUCAAUCUCAAUCCUCUGUCUAUUCUUCUUCCACCAUUGUAUACUCGCCCCACACCAAACAUCGCUCAAGUGCCUCCACAUUUACGCACUCAAAAUACUCCACGACGCUCCAUGAGAGUUCAAUCUGGAAUUGGAACUUCAAAACCUUUGAACCCUAAACCCUUUUACUUCAUCAUCUCAGAUUCUGAGACUGAUGAUUCCUCUGAUUCUGGCCCUCCAUCAGCAACGACACCACAAAAUGAUCCAACAUCAACAUCUGAAAAGGAACCAACUCACACUAAACCUACCACACCUUCCAAAUCUGCUUUCUCCUCUGAACCCUCACAAUCAACUCCCCCACACCAAAAACGGAGAUUGAUCAAUGAAAUUGUCUCCCCUCUUACUAAACAAAAUGAACCCUCCUCUCAAUCCAAACCACAAACAAAACCCAUGAAAACAAAAUCUGCCAUGACAAUUGCGCAGUUCCUUGCUCGAAAGAAACUUCCAAACCCUCAGAAGAGAAAAACCCUCGCUCCUAAGCAAAACCUCAAACAUUGCCAACCCGCCUCUCUAGAACAUUCUUCACAAUGUUCCCCACCCCAACCUCCAGAACAUUCUCCAAUUCCGGAACGUUCUCCUAUUCAAACUCCUUUUUCUCCUCCUUCACACGAACGUUCUCCAAAUCAAGAAUGUUCCCCUGCUCACUCAGUCCCUCCUCCAGAACCCUUUCCCCACACACAACCUUCCUCAUCAAUACGCGCCAAUCGAUCUCCCACUCCAGAACGUUCUUCUACUUCCACCUCCUACUAUCCAGAUGUUGUUCGAGCAUUUUAUUGCAAUGCAAAGACAUUUGAUGGAAAAUCCCUUAUUAUUUCCACAAUUAAGGGAGUUGAGAUCAAACUAACUCCAGACAUUCUGGCCUCAAUCCUUAAGUUGCCCACAGAAGGCCCAUCUGUGUUUGGUGACAACUGGUACUCAGCCUUGAAUCUUCGCAAGACUGAAGUCCUCUCUUACUUGUUUGAAGAAGAUUCCAUUCGCUACUUGUCAACAUAUCUCAAGCCUCUUCCUAAAGUUUUUAAUAACAUGUGCCAACAUACUCUAAUUCCUCACUGUGGAAGUCAUGAGUAUGUCUCUAACAAUGACGCAUUGCUCAUCCAUCAUCUCCUCAACUGCAAGCGAUUGAAUUUAUCUCAUGUGAUUAUCCAGCACAUGAUUUGUGCAGCCACCAAAGACUACAAGAAGAAUAAUGUACCUUAUGGCAUGUUUCUGACUAAGGUAUUCAGGUACUUUGGAGUCUCCCUUUCCUCUGAAAAAUCUCUGAUCAAAAUCUCAAAAUUUUCCACCAAAAAUUUAUCUCUCAUGCGCAAAAAAUUCUCUGGCCAAACUCCUGCUCCUCCCCACCUUCUCCAAACGCAAACGCUUAGCAGGAAGAAGACCUACUACACACCUUAUUCCAUUCCCAUCAAAUCCUCUUAA